AUGACGAGGAGAGGAAGCGACGAAGCUAUAUCGCGCCUUGCUCCUUGGCAGUUGCGCGUGAACCAUCGAGCGGUGCGGAGCGCUCUCGUUGGUGCCGACGUUGGUGAUCCUGUUGGCCGGUCGGCCGCCGAUGGUGCGACGUGUUGGCGCGGAAUAAGAGGGAAGCGGCGGCCACGAGUUCGCAAAGCGAAGUCCAGCAUUCGUCGAGAUCGCAGCUCACGGCUCGCGCAUGAUAUGACCCAGUCUCGCGAGGUCCUGGCGAUGAUGGACGCGCACACGACCACGUUCGGACGCAAAAGGGGUUGCACGAUUUCCCGGUGCGGCGCCUUCCUGUUGGGCGCAUUCUUCCUCAUCUGCCUGGUCGCCACCGGCCUGCUGGUGUACCACUUCGCGCCCUGCCUCGAGGAGAAGCAAGCGAAGCAAUGCGACGAGACCUUGAGCCCGAUCUUGAUGAGCGCGAGGAAGUUCUCGGCGACGUCCGCGAAGAAAAAGGUGGACGUGAGAUUGCCGCGAGCCGUCGUGCCCGAUUCCUACGAGGUCUGGCUGAUACCGUUCAUAUGGGAGGGCAACUUCACCUUCCACGGCGAGGUGAAAAUUUGGGUAAACGUGACGAAGAAUACGAACAACAUCACGUUACAUGCGGUCGAUAUGAACAUCGAUAGGGAUUUUACGAAUAUCAAGGAGUACACGAGUGAGUACAUGAGUGACAACAAGACUAAGGUAGUCGGGGUCGUAGAACAGAAAAAUGACACCGAGCGACAAUUCCACGUGAUUAGAACGUCGGACACGUUGAUGGUGGGCAAACAGUAUGUGGUGCAUCUCAAAUUUGUCGGCCAUCUGAACGAUUACCUACAAGGUUUCUACAGGAGCUCGUACACCGUCGGCAAUGAGACGAGAUGGAUCGCCACGACUCAGUUCCAACCUACAGAUGCACGCCGUGCCUUCCCCUGCUUCGACGAGCCGGCUCUGAAAGCCAAGUUUCAAAUCAACAUAGCGCGUCCCAGAAACAUGACAUCUAUCUCGAAUAUGCCCAGGAGAGGGCAACCGAUGCCAGUACCCGGCUUACAUACGUACGUGUGGGAUCAUUACGAGCGUUCGGUACCGAUGUCUACGUACUUGGUGGCCUUCAUAGUUUCCGACUUGGAUGUACAGAAAUCGGAAGAUGGGAACUUCCGAGUUUGGGCGCGCCACGAAGCCAUUAACCAGGCGCAGUAUAGCUUGAAUAUCGGUCCGAAGAUACUCAAAUAUUUUGAGGAGUAUUUCAAGAUCAAAUUCCCUCUGCCAAAGAUGGAUAUGGUUGCACUACCUGACUUCUCCGCCGGCGCUAUGGAAAAUUGGGGCUUGAUCACUUACAGAGAAACCGCGAUGUUGUACCAGGAAGGUGUUUCGACCAGUAGCAAUCAGCAGCGCGUGGCUACCGUGGUAUCUCAUGAGCUCGCGCAUCAAUGGUUCGGAAACCUGGUGACACCGAGUUGGUGGACGGAUCUAUGGUUGAAUGAAGGUUUCGCCAGUUACGUGGAGUACAUCGGCAUGAAUGCGGUGGAGCCAUCGUGGCGAGUCUUGGAACAGUUCGUCGUUCACGAUCUUCAAAAUGUAUUCGCCCUGGACGCUUUGGAGUCUUCUCACCCUAUAUCCAUCGAAGUCGGCCAUCCCGAUGAAAUCAGUGAAAUUUUCGACAAAAUCUCCUAUGGGAAAGGCGCCUCCAUAAUAAGAAUGAUGGAUCAUUUCCUCAGCACGGAAGUCUUCAAGCAAGGUCUGACUAAUUAUCUGAAUGGAAAAGCCUACCAAAGCGCCGAGCAGAAUGAUUUAUGGUACGCUCUGACAGAGCAAGCUCACAAAGAUAAGGCGCUCGAUUCAAGCGUGACCGUUAAGCAAAUCAUGGACACUUGGACUCUGCAAACCGGCUUUCCCGUGGUCACUGUUACGCGAAACUACAACAACAGUAGUAUGACACUCAAGCAGGAACGCUUCCUGCUUCGCAACAGCAGCACGACGACCACAUCUCAGUCGGAGCCGCUAUGGUGGGUACCUAUCACUUACACGACCGAGAAGCAGUUAAAUUUCAACAACACUCAACCCUCGACGUGGAUGAAGGCGGAACGCUCGAUCACCCUGAACGAUUUGGACGCUCUCCCAUCUCAAUGGAUACUUCUCAACGUGCAGGAGACUGGAUAUUACAGAGUGAAUUAUGACAGGACAAAUUGGCAGAUGAUAAUCAAGCAGUUGAACAAGCAAAAUUUCAAGGACAUUUCGACGAUCAAUCGGGCACAAUUGAUCGACGACGCUCUUAACUUGGCUAGAGCCGGCAAGCUCGACUACAAUAUCGCUCUCGACGUUACGUCUUACCUAGCCCACGAGACGGAAUAUUUGCCUUGGGAAGCCGCCUUUAAUGCCUUACAUUACCUUGACGACAUGCUAAUCAAGACUCAGGGCUAUGACAAGUUCAGGUUGUACGUGUUAAAACUGUUGGACAACGUGUACAAACAAGUAGGCUUCACUGACAAAACAGGGGAUCCUCAGCUGACGGUCUUCACGCGAAUUAACGUUCUAAAGUGGGCCUGCGAGUUCGGCCACGACGACUGCCUCGUAAAUGCCGUGCAACAAUUCCGCAAUUGGCGCAACACUCCUAAUCCGGAAGUCAAUAAUCCAAUCUCGCCGAAUUUGAAGGGUGUCGUCUAUUGCACGGCUAUUCGAGUUGGCGGACAGAGCGAAUGGGAAUUCGCUUGGCAACAAUAUCGCUCGACCAACGUCGGAUCAGAGAAGGAUCUGCUCUUGCAAGGGCUAGGCUGCACGAGGGAGCCGUGGCUGCUAAAUCGAUACUUGGACUGGAGCGUUACGGAGAAUUCGGGCAUCAGGAAGCAGGACGCCGCUCGAGUGUUCGGCGCGGUAGCCACCAACGUCGUCGGACAGCCGAUCGCGUUCAACUACUUCAGGAACAAGUGGUCGCGCCUCAGGGAAUAUUUCGGAUCAUCGCUGUUAACCAUCAAUAACAUCGCCAAGUCGGUCACCAAGGGAAUAAACACGAAAUAUGAAUUGAAAGAUCUGCUGGAAUUCGCGACCGAGCACAAAGACGAGCUCAGUAGCGCGACACGAGUGAUCCUCCAAGCGGUGGAGCAAGCGGAAGCCAACAUACGAUGGAUCGACAACAAUCACGCGACUAUACGCGACUGGUUGCGAAGGAACACCGCAUAAUAACCAUGUUCGGCAGAAAUUUAGUCUUCCGUGGUACCGAGUUCAUUCGCGGAGCGAUGCUUUCCGGGCGACAAAUUGACAUUACGCGUGCGAAUAUAAUUCUCCGAGUUUGCCGAAUUAGCGCGCGCGGAGAUUCGUCCAUCCGCACACAGCGCGGAUCAUUACGGCCGGGACACGCGGGAUGGAAUCGCCAAAUAGUCUAAUCGGAUUGUACAAGAAGAUAUUAUAUGUGUUUUUGUAUGUAUUUGUAAAUAUAUGUACGGCCAGCAUUGUAUCGUAUGUAUAUGGUAUUUAUGAGGAUAACAAAACGGGCUAGCUCCCCGGUGUACGCGCGAUUCACAUUCCCUUUUAUCCUUCGCUAGUCGAAGGGGAAUAUUUUGAAUAUCUCCCGAGUAAUAAUGCGUUAAGGAUCUCUUUACGGUGUAAAAGUGUAUUUUGCAUCUUGCAUCGCGGUCUAUAUCGUUCCGGGCCCGAAGAACUUCGGCGUGAAAAUAUAAUAUAAUUCGUUAGUAACGGAGAUGUGAUUCGGGGUUCAAGGUGAAAGUUAAUGACGGAUACUGCGAGAGGCGCGGAUUCAUCGGGAAAUUUCUUUACUUUUCAAUUGUACACGUGUUUUGUUCUUGAGAGUUCAGCUGAACAGUCAUUGAUAAACGCACUAUUGAAACACGUGAUAGAUAACUGUACGUUGGAUCAGCAUAUAUUUGUUGAAAAAAAGAGGAAUAAUAAAGAAUUGAAGCGGCGAUCGUCACGAAUCACCCGAGAAACUAGUGAUUGAGCGCACUGACGUUUUUUAAUGCAACAAAUUAGUUAUGCGUAAAAGAGAAUGUUACUUCGUCCGAUUAAUGAGAGUCGCUUUUGUCCGGCGACUCGUUACGAUAUAUGUUGAAAAUGACUAUUGUGAAUCGCCUAUCAAGGAGGAUAAUAAAAGGACUUAUACACACGAUACGGCCGACUCGUUACGCACAUGUUAAAAGUCGCUUAAGAAGUCGAAUAUUAUCUAUAGGGUGAUCUAAUCUACUUUAUGUACUUAGAAUCUCGAAGAAUUCUCCAAUUGUCGAUUCGUGCGAACAUGAGAACCUUGUACGUGCGAUCGAUUGCCGAACGAUUCGCGUACGAUGAGAUUCUAAUUAUUCAUUAAGAGUUUGCAAUGCGACCUAUAUUUUAUAACAGCAGGAAAACACAGCGUAUACCGAAGAUAUGAUACCGCAUUAUUUUGAAAAACGUUGCAUGUUGCACAACUUAUGGAUAUAAUAAAAUUGUAUCGAUUUUUACAAACA